AUGCCUCCAGAGCCCCGAAAACAGAAGAGCGCUGACGGGAGCAGCAGCUGUGGCAGGUCAGUCCAGCCCAUGGAGGUUGACCUGCCACAGCGGGGCCAUGAGCCCAUGGAGGUGGAUCCUCCUCGUGAUAUGGAGGAGGCCAUGGAGGCUCUGCACGAGAGCGGGUGCACAAGAAGCUGGGAGGGCGCACGGCUGCUGGGAGAGCUGACCCCAGCUGAGCACGGGGACACUCCGUACCGUACGAGGUCAUGCUCGGCACAGGAAUCUAGGGGAAGGAGAAGGAACGGGGAGGACGGUCGAAGUGGUGACAGCACCAUGGAUGACCAGCUUUCUCUGCUGAGGCAGCUUGGGGCUCACCCAGUUCUCUCCCUGUUCCUUCCCGGUGCAGAGGACACCCGAAGGAGCCAAGAAACCCCGAGUGACCCUUGUCCCAUCACGGCAACGCCUGGAGAAGGAGCUGGACCGCCGCCAUGCCGUGAGUGUCUCUCUGGCUCGGGCGCUGUCCCAGCACUGCUCCUCCAGCCGAGCAGCACAGGCAUCGCUGCUCACCUUCUGCCAUUGCUGCUUCUCCCUUGCCCAGUCGAGGCCGUUGAGCACAAGGAGCCUGGAGGAGCCUGGAGAGGCUGGUGGAGCACCAAGCAGAGCAGGAGGGAUCAGCAGCAGCAGCAGCAGCGGGACGAGGAGGAGGGGGCUGCCCUGGCCCUUUGCUCUGCGGCGGAGCCCCGUCGCUGCUCCAGUGCCAGGGCAGGCGGGCUCCAGCUGCAGCAGGGCGCUCUUUGGGCAGCCCCUGGCAGACCUCUGCGGGGAGGCUGGCACGAUGUCCCGGCCCAUCCAGGUCAGCCAGGGUCCAUAGCAAGGGAAAUCGGCAAGGUUGUCUCUCAAAUGCCCUCGGCCUGUGUAUGA